UUACGGGUAGCAUAUCAGCCUCCUACGUACAUACUCAUCGAUCACGUGACACAUUCCUCUCGGCGCUCGUCUCUUCGCGGGUAUUUAGAGCUUUAGUCACCAGAUGGCUUCGUGGAACAAUAUUGUUAAUAGCGGGCUAUUCGCCGAGAUAAUGCGACAGCUUGAAGUGUUGAUGAAUAUCUUGUUGAGGCUAUCUUAUCAACUCCGCCAAGCCGUGCUCCGAGCACUGAGCCCAGCUCAGUGAAACAACUGACGAUCAAGCAUGUGUUGCUGUUUCUUGCCGCGUUGUACUGUCAUUUUUGCGGGGAUCUUUUGCCUGCUUCAAAGCAUUGCAUGGGCUAUCCUGUCGUUCCUUGGGAUCGCUCUCUACAGCUGCGAUCUAGAGGUCACGUACGAACGAGCCAACCCCGUCUACUACCUGUACUUCGUAUAUUUCUUCAACAAGAAAUGCGCUUACAUACCUGACGAUCUGAAUUUUGAAAAGAUCAUUUCGGAUACUUUUACGACACCAGCCGGUUUCACGACACCGUAUCCGAUCACAACGCCAUUUCCGCUGCCGGCGUGGCCGGACACCUUCGGACCCGUGGAAUACACCCACGACCUGAUGGUGGCGUACGCCGUCCUUAGCGUCCUCUGGGCUGUCAUUUCCUUCAUUAUAGUCGUGGCUGGCGCACUCAGAAUCCGCACCUGGGUGGCCUAUGUUCCGUGGAUCCUAGCCGCUGUCGGCAACAUCAUCCUGGAUGUUGUCGCUACCAUCAACUUCGCCGGCCAAGCCACCGACUCGCAAAGUUUGUUGGGGUUGCUGGAACUGAUAGGGGUAGAGAAUAUUCCAGAAGGAGACGAAGUCUCGAAGUUGCUCGGGGGUUUAGACGGUCUGACCAUGAUUCCGUCUCUCGUGAUGGCUCUCCUUUCCAGUCGCAUUUUGGUCUUCUGGCUUCUGAAUGUCCUCCUGGUAAUCUGCGUUGCCGUGGCGACUCAGCGGCUCUCCAAGGACAAGAAACACGAGAAUUCAAGACUUCCGACAUAUCCGUACCACAAAGAGAACCUAACCUUACCUGUCGACAUUGACAAGAAGCCUGUCGAAGCAGGAGGAGGCAUCGCGGCUACUGCAGCCGCAGGAUUGAGAACCCAGAGCGAGUACGACUACGCCAACAACAACAACAACAACAGGCCUUUCUCUUACACCCCCGACAACCCGAAGAUGAUUUCCCGGGCGUUCCUGCAUCCUCCGCAGGCGUCCGUCAGGGACUCUCUGGUUUCCAGCACCGCGAUCCCUAGAGUCAGCAGCAGUCUGCGUUCUCCUUCUCCAGAGCCACUGUACCUGGAGUGCCUGGAGCCGACGCCAAGCGAGAAGAAGACGAACUACGAGAACGUAAGGGAACCCGACGCCAGGACGAGGGCCGCGGUCAUCCCACGGAUAAGCUCAGACCGCUCUCAGCAGAGGACGCAUCCGUCAGCGGCUGAUAUGCGUCGGCGACCAACAAGUUACGAAGAGGCGAGGCCACUGGAUCGGAAGUUUCUGCAAACAAACGACGAUCGAGUUCAGGAUCCUAACCGGGGCUCGGGGCUGAAGCCACCGGAUGAGCUCCGCGGUCAGUUGCCGUGGUCCUACUUCGGCCCGAGGAACGCGCCCAUGAAACCCCCGCCGCUGAUGGAGGAGGAACUCGAGAGACCCCCGGUCCCCGUCCCGGACUACACGUUGCACUUCGGAAAGGCGAGUCGCCCCAGCACGUCCAACUGUUCCGACGACGACAGCGCCCCGGUGCCUGCCGUGGGCAGGACCAGCAGCUUGUUGGAAAGGAACCGUUACUGAGAGAAGUUUUCGAAAGAGGGCGCCACGACAUUGCGAUUUCUAAUUGUUGAAGACUCCACAUCAAAUACGAGACGAACGCAGGAUAAACAUUUUGAUUAUUAUAAUUUGUUAUCAGAACAGAAUCGGAUAAAAUCUUGUUAACAAUU